AUGCCAAGCCCUGGCCUUCCCACUUCCAAGCACUUUCUAGCCGGACCUCCGGAUCCAGCUAGAGGGAGAGAAACUUUGGUGGCUUUGCAGCGCUCUUCCUGCCCCUUCAGCAGCAGCAGCAGCAUGAAAUCAGCAGAGGAAGAACACUAUAAUUAUGCAUCUUCAAAUAUAAAUGCCGGUUUGCCUCUAAAUGUGGCACAUUCCUCAUUGUCAACUCCAUGUCAUGGCCUUCAGACAUCCAAUCCUGUCAUUUCAAUUGUCCCAUCAACAAAUCAUCCUUCUGGAUAUGGAGGACACAUUGACGGUGGGGCCUCUGGAUAUUAUCUGUCUCCAAAUGUCAGACCUAAUGGAGCUCCAGCAUUAGAAAGCCCCAGAAUUGAGAUAACUUCUUAUCCGGGACUGCAUCAUAAUAACAACCAGUUUUUCCAUGAUGCUGAGGUUGAGGAAGCUAUCCCAAAUGCCAAGCGAUCACCUUCUACUGCCACUUUGAAUUUACCAAACAUUGAGGCUUACAGAGACCCAUCUUGCUUGAGUCCUGCAAGUAGCUUGUCUUCCAGAAGUUGCAAUUCUGAAGCUUCUUCCUAUGAAUCCAAUUAUUCUUAUCCUUAUACUUCGCCCCAGACAUCUCCAUGGCAGUCCCCAUGUGUGUCUCCUAAGACCACUGACACUGAGGAAGGAUAUCAACGCAGUAUGGUGGCCUGUACUUUGCUUAAUUCACCAAGACAUUCACCAUCUACGUCUCCCAGAACAAGCAUUACAGAGGAAAACUGGCUAAGUGCUCGCAACUCAAGACCAUCUUCUCCCUGUAACAAAAGAAAAUACAGCCUAAAUGGUAGGCAGACCUCUUACUCACCACACCACUCUCCGACACCUUCUCCUCAGAGUUCUCCUCGGGUUAGUGUAACGGAUGAUACAUGGCUGGGAAACACUAACCAGUAUACCAGUUCUGCUAUAGUUGCAGCUAUCAAUGCCCUUACCACUGACAGCACAAUAGACAUGAAUGAUGGGAUUCCUAUUAAAUCUAGGAAGACUGCAAUAGAUCAUACCCCAUCCAUGACUCUCAAGACUGAACCAAGUGGUGAAGAUCAUGGGACCAUAUCACCAACUGCUGAUUUAUCACCAGAAGAGUUUUCCGGGUUUCAGCACAUCAGGAAAGGAAACUUCUGUGAUCAGUACCUUUCUGUGCCACAGCAUCCAUACCAAUGGGCCAAACCAAAGUCUCUGUGUCCUACAUCAUACAUGAGCCCAUCCCUGCCUGCCCUUGAUUGGCAGUUGCCAUCUCACUCAGGACCUUAUGAACUUCGGAUUGAAGAGCAGCCCAAAUCCCAUCACAGAGCUCAUUAUGAGACGGAGGGGAGUCGAGGGGCUGUGAAGGCAUCUGCUGGGGGACAUCCUGUUGUGCAGCUACACGGUUACUUAGAAAGUGAGCCGCUCACGCUACAGCUGUUCAUUGGGACUGCAGACGACCGCCUGCUGAGACCUCAUGCCUUCUACCAGGUUCAUCGAAUCACAGGGAAGACUGUUUCCACCACCAGCCAUGAAACAAUACUUUCCAACACCAAAGUCUUGGAAAUUCCACUUCUACCAGAAAGCAAGAUGAAAGCAAUCAUUGACUGCGCUGGAAUAUUAAAACUUAGAAAUUCAGAUAUUGAACUACGAAAAGGAGAAACAGACAUCGGAAGGAAGAAUACACGAGUGCGGCUGGUCUUCCGAGUUCACAUCCCACAAUCCAACGGGAGAACUCUGUCUCUACAAGUAGCGUCCAACCCUAUUGAGUGUUCUCAAAGAUCUGCCCAGGAACUGCCUUUGGUGGAGAAGCAAAGUGCUGACAGCUUUCCUGUGAUUGGAGGGAAAAAAAUUAUACUGUCUGGCCAUAACUUUCUACAAGACUCCAAAGUCAUCUUUGUGGAGAAAGCGCCAGAUGGUCACCAUGUGUGGGAAAUGGAAGCCAAAACCGACAAAGAAAUGUGCAAACCAAAUUCAUUGGUGGUGGAGAUACCACCUUUCCGCAAUCAGAGAAUUACCAGUCCUGUUCAGGUCAAUUUCUAUGUCUGCAACGGAAAGCGAAAGAGAAGCCAGUACCAGCUAUUCACCUAUCUUCCUGCUAAUGGUAACAAUAUAUUUCUAACCCCAGUUCCAAUUAUAAAAACAGAACCCAGUGAUGACUAUGAGCCUGCUCAAACCUGUGGACCAAUGACCCAAGGAUUAAAUCCUCUCUCUAAACCAUACUACAGCCAGCAGAUCAUGAUGCCUCCUGAUCCUGGUUCGUGCCUUGUGGCUGGCUUCACUUCCUGUCAGCAGAGAAACACUGUGAUGUCAUCUUCCCCCAACUCAAGCCCCAAGCUGCAUGAUCUUUCAUCUUCUGCUUACAAGUGCAUCACCAACCCAGGCCACAGUCACCUAGGACUUCAGCAGCCCGCUGGAGGUGUCCCCACCGUACAGGAAGUGCCAAGGUCUAUAGUUGUGCACCCAAGUUCUCCAGAGCAAUCAUCUCUCAUCAUGCUGCAGCCGCAGGUGAGUCAACAUCUGAGCAGUAGCUGUUCCCUUGGUUACCAACAAACACUCUAUCCCAACAGUCCCUCUUCUCCAGUUCCAUCCGUUACCCAAGAGCCAACCUAUUUGCAGUCCUGCAGUCCAACUCACUCAUCCAUAAUGGGUCAACAGCAGCACCAACUGCCGAAGGUUCAAAGAAAUGAGUCUCCAACAAACCAACCACUGUCAUUGCCAGAGUUGCAUGAGGACAGUAAUCAUAAUUUGGCCCCUAUUCCUGUAAUGAUCAAGCGAGAACCUGAGGAAUUGGACCAGUUGUACCUGGAUGAUGUAAACGAAAUUAUCAGGAAUGACCUCUCCAGCACCAAUGUCCAUUCAGAGCUUGCAAUACUGGACUAG